GGUGCGGGGCGCGCGCUCGCUCGCUCGCUCGCUCGCUCGGGUCCCGGUCGCGGGAGGCGGCGGCGGCGGAGGAGGAUGUGGCGCGCCGAGGGGAAAUGGCUGCCGAAAACAAGCCGGAAGAGCGUUUCCCAAAGUGUAUUCUGCGGAACUAGCACCUACUGUGUUCUCAACUCCGUGCCACCUCUAGAAGAUGAUCAUGGAAACAGCAAUAGUAGUCAUGUAAAAAUCUUUUUACCGAAAAAGCUGCUUGAAUGUCUGCCGAAAUGUUCAAGUUUACCCAAAGAGAGGCACCGUUGGAACACUAACGAGGAGAUCGCAGCUUACUUGAUCACCUUUGAGAAGCAUGAAGAAUGGCUGAGCACAUCCCCUAAGACACGCCCCCAGAAUGGAUCCAUGAUCCUCUACAACAGGAAGAAGGUCAAAUACCGCAAGGAUGGUUACUGCUGGAAGAAGAGGAAAGACGGCAAGACCACCCGAGAAGACCACAUGAAGCUCAAGGUCCAGGGAGUGGAGUGCUUGUACGGCUGCUACGUCCACUCCUCCAUCAUCCCCACUUUCCACCGGAGGUGCUACUGGCUCCUUCAGAACCCCGACAUCGUGCUGGUGCAUUACCUGAAUGUGCCCGCCAUCGAGGACUGCGGGAAGCCGUGCGGGCCCAUCCUCUGCUCCAUCAACACCGACAAGAAGGAGUGGGCCAAGUGGACCAAGGAGGAGCUCAUCGGGCAGCUGAAGCCCAUGUUCCACGGCAUCAAGUGGACCUGCACGAAUGGCGGCAGCAGCUCGGGCUUCUCGGUGGAGCAGCUGGUGCAGCAGAUCCUGGACAGUCACCAGAGCAAACCGCAGCCUCGCACGCACAACUGCCUCUGCUCCGGCAGCCUGGGAGCGGGCAGCAGCGUGCACCACAAGUGCAACAGUGCCAAACACCGGAUCAUCUCGCCGAAGGUGGAGCCGCGGACGGGGGGCUGCGGGGGCCGCGCCGAGGUGCAGCACAAUGAUGUGUCCGAGGGCCGGCACGAGCCGGGCCACAGCAAGGGCCGCGAGAAGAGGAAUGGCAAGGUGGCCAAGCCGGCUCUGCUGCACCAGAAUAGCGCCGAGGUGUCGUCCACCAACCAGGUGGACGUGCCCGACACCACGCAGAGCUCCCCGGUGUCCAUCAGCAGCGGCCUCAACAGCGACCCCGACAUGGUGGACAGCCCCGUAGUCACCGGCGUGUCCAGCAUGGCCGUGGCCUCCGUGAUGGGCAGCCUGUCGCAGGGUGCCACCGUGUUCAUGUCGGAGGUCACCAACGAGGCGGUGUACACCAUGUCCCCCACCGCCGGCCCGAACCACCACCUCCUGUCGCCUGACGCCUCGCAGGGCCUCGUGCUGGCCGUGAGUUCCGACGGCCACAAGUUCGCCUUUCCCACGUCGGGCAGCGCCGAGAGCCUGUCCAUGCUGUCCGCCAACGUGUCCGAGGAGCUGGUCCUCUCCACCACCCUGGACGGGGCGCGCAAGCUCCCCGAGACCACGAUGAACUUCGACCCCGACUGUUUCCUCAACAACCCCAAGCAGGGCCAGACCUACGGGGGCGGGGGCCUGAAGGCCGAGCUGGUCAGCACCAACGUCCGGCACUCGCCACCCGUCGAGAGGAACUUCAGCUUCUCUGCCGUCCUCACCAAGGAGAUCAAGACCGAGGACACGUCGUUCGAGCAGCAGAUGGCCAAGGAGGCCUAUUCGUCCUCGGCCGCUGCUGCCGCCGCUGCUGCCGCUGCUGCAGCCGCAGCGGCCGCUGGCUCCCUCACGUUGUCGGCCGGCUCUGGCCUUCUGCCGUCGGGGGGUGGCCUGAGCCCCAGUACCACGCUGGAGCAGAUGGACUUCAGCGCCAUCGAUUCCAACAAAGACUACGGGUCCGGCUUCAGCCAGGCCGGCCACAGCCCCCACGUACACCAGACCCCCUCCCCGAGUUUCUUCCUGCAGGACGCCAGCAAGCCACUGCCCCUGGAGCAGGGCGCUCACAGCGGCCUGGCCGAGUCCGGGGGCACCUUCGUGAUGCCCACGGUGAAGACAGAGGCGUCGCCGCAGGCCAGCUCGUGCAGUGGCCACGUGGAGUCGCGUCUCGAGGCCCCCUCGUCCUUGCACCUCAUGCAGCUGCAGGCCAACUUUCAGGCCAUGGCAGCAGACGGCGAGGUGACCAUGGAGACCUCGCAGGCGGCCGAGGCGGGCGAGGGGCUGCUCAAGGCCGGGGACCUGCAGGCCUGCAGCUCGGAGCACUACCUGCAGCCCGAGACACCAGGGGUGAUCCGCAGUGCUGGGGGGGUGCCCGUGCUCCCUGCGGGCAGCGUGGUGCAGGGCCUGUACCCCGUGGGCCAGCCGGGCCUGGGCACCACGGCCAACAUGGAGCUCAGCCUGGACCACUUCGACAUCUCCUUCAGCAACCAGUUCUCCGACCUGAUCAACGACUUCAUCUCGGUGGAGGGCGGCAGCAGCGGCGGCGGCGGCAGCGCCCUGUACGGGCACCAGCUGGUGGCGGGGGACGGCGCGGCGCUGUCGCAGGCCGAGGACGGGGCUCGCGGUGCUCCCUUCGCUCAGGCCGAGAUGUGCAUCCCCUGCUGCAGCCCCCCACAGGCCAGCCUGCCUCUGGCCGGAGCCGAGGCCUACAUGCAUGUCGCCGAGGUGGUGUCAGCCGCGUCGGCACAGGGUGCCCUGAGCAUGCUUCAGCAGAGCGGCCGCGUGUUCAUGGUCACGGAUUAUUCCCCCGAGUGGUCCUACCCCGAGGGCGGCGUGAAGGUGCUGAUCACGGGCCCCUGGCAGGAGGCCAGCAGCAAUUAUAGCUGCUUGUUUGACCAAGUCUCAGUGCCCGCAUCCCUCAUCCAGCCCGGGGUACUGCGCUGCUACUGCCCAGCCCAUGACACGGGUCUUGUGACCCUCCAAGUGGCCUUCAACAACCAGAUCAUCUCCAACUCAGUGGUGUUUGAGUACAAGGCGCGGGCACUGCCCACGCUGCCCUCUUCCCAGCAUGACUGGCUGUCCCUGGACGAUAACCAGUUCAGGAUGUCCAUCCUGGAGCGCUUGGAGCAGAUGGAGCGGCGGAUGGCUGAGAUGACGGGGGUCCAGCAGCACAAACCAGGGAGCGGUGGCAGUAGUGGCGGCGGGGGCACCGGCAGUGGGACCGCAGGAAGCCAAGCCCAGUGCGCCUCGGCCCCGGGGCCAUUGGGGAGUUGCUUCGAGAGCCGCGUGGUGGUUGUGUGCGAGAAGAUGAUGAGCCGCGCCUGCUGGGCCAAGUCCAAGCACUUGAUCCACGCCAAGACCUUCCGUGGGAUGACACUGCUGCACCUGGCAGCCGCGCAGGGCUAUGCCACCCUCAUCCAGACGCUCAUCAAAUGGCGCACCAAGCACGCGGACAGCAUCGACUUGGAGCUGGAAGUCGACCCCCUCAACGUGGACCACUUCUCUUGCACCCCGCUGAUGUGGGCCUGCGCCCUGGGACACCUGGAGGCAGCUGUGGUGCUCUACAAGUGGGACCGCCGGGCCAUCUCCAUCCCCGACUCCCUGGGCCGGCUCCCGUUGGGCAUCGCCCGCUCCCGCGGCCACGUGAGGCUGGCCGAGUGCCUGGAGCACCUGCAGCGGGACGAGCAGGCCCCACUGGGCCCCCACCCGCGUGUGCGCAGCCCCCCCGGAGAGGAGCCCGCCCCCGACAGCUGGGUGUCCCAGUGGCACAGCGACACCAUCACCUCCCCGGAGAUGCCCAAGGGUGCCACCGUCAUCGCCAGCACUAACCCAGCGCAGGUGGCCGGCAGUGCGAAGGGGACCAGUGUGGGCAAGGAGGCAGCUCCUGCACCACUGCGCCAGCGGGAGCCCAUGAGCGUGUUAAUGAUGGCAGGACGGGAGGUAAAGACGGAGCCAGGCACCUGUCGGGAGAGCGCCCAGAAUGAGGGCGAGGCAUGCGCACAGCCCAUGGACGACAUCCAGGUGAACAUGAUCACCCUGGCCGAGCGGAUCAUUGAGGCAGCCCCCGAGCGCAUCAAGCAGGAGAGUUUUGUGGCCUUGGAGCCAACAGGAGCUGAGCGGGAAGGCGCAGCCAUCGGCAGCACCAUGAGCUGGCUGGCCAGUUACCUGGCAGACGUUGACCACCUGCCUGGCACUGCCCACAUCAGCCUGAGCCCUGUGGGCUCCCCGGCCCGAGACGUGGCCUUCGACAAGCCCAGCCUCCCAUCGGCGGCUGACUGGUCUGAGUUCCUGAGCGCGUCCAGCAGCGACAAGGUGGAAAACGAGUUUGCGCAGCUCACGCUGUCAGACCACGAGCAGCGGGAGCUGUACGAGGCCGCCCGGCUGGUGCAGACGGCCUUCCGCAAGUACAAGGGCCGGCCCCUGCGGGAGCAGCAGGAAGUGGCAGCUGCUGUGAUUCAGCGAUGCUAUCGGAAAUAUAAGCAGCUGACAUGGAUAGCCCUGAAGUACGCGCUGUAUCAGAAGAUGACGCAGGCGGCCAUCCUGAUCCAGAGCAAGUUCCGCAGCUACUACGAGCAGAAGCGAUUCCAGCAGAGCCGCCGGGCCGCCGUACUCAUCCAGAAAUUCUACCGUAGCUACAAGAAGUGCGGCCGGAGGCGGCAGGCGCGGCGGACGGCGGUCAUCGUCCAGCAGAAACUCAGGAGCAGUUUGCUGACCAAAAAGCAGGACCAAGCUGCUCGGAAAAUCAUGAGGUUUCUCCGACGCUGCCGUCACAGCCCCCUGGCGGACCAUAGGCUGUACAAAAGGGAAAUGGCUCUUUGGGGAAUACAGUGGUGUGUGUUACAUAGCAGACGACGCGCUCUGUGUCUCUCUUACUGGGCCUCUCUGUCUGUCUUGUUUUGCCAACCCAAUGAGAUUUCUGGAAAAGGGCACCAUCUCUCUUGGCCCAAAUUCCCCACGAGCUGUCGCAGCCACAGAGCGAAAGAAUUGAAAAAGGCCAAGGAACUUGAAGAUAGACAGCAGCAUCCCUUAGCAAUGUGACAUUGCUUUUCAGACUGUUUUCAUUUCCGUUUUUAGCAGAGACAUGCAACAACCACACACUCACACACACGUGCACGCACUUCACACGCACACACACACACUUUCACACACACACGCACACACGCUCCCUCUGCAGUUUGGGGAAGUUCAGCUGCAGGAUUUUAACAGGAAUGUUCGGUCAUUGCAUUUGCACUUUCAUGGACAAUUUUUCAUUUGAUCAGCGAGACAUCUUGGAACUCAAUAGAUUCUGUUGGACCAUGGGAAAAACAAGACACCAGGAGACAGCGAAAGAGGUUUCGUCUGCUUGGGAAGAAGCCGUUUUUCCUUCUCACAUAGGGCUGCAUUCAAACAUCGUGUGGAACUGUACAAAAAAUAUUUAUACCAAAAAAAUAUAUAUAGAAGUGAGGGCAGGAGGGAGCGGGCAUGCACUGCCUCACGCCAGCACCUGCCGAUUCUUUCCAAGAAGCUGAAUCUUGGGGCUCGAGUCCCAGUGGAGGGUUAAGAUCACCCAAUCUUGAUUGGGUCCCUGUGUUCUCAUUUCUUUCACUGUUUUCUCUCUUUGGUUUCGUGUCCGUUCGUUUAUUGGGAUUGGAAAACCUCUACGGCACACUUAAUGCAACUUUUUUCAAAUCUGCAGGUUUGUUUUUUUUCUUUUUAAGUGGCUUGUGGAAAUUUGCAGAGGGGUGGGUGUGUGGUCAACGGGUAAUGCAUGGGAAAUAGUGAAACAGCUAACAGAGUUUACAUGGAUUUUUCCAGUCCCCCUCCCCCUUCGCCCCCAUCCUCGUCCCCAAAUCUACGCGGAUAGACAUCAUCGUGUCCCUUUGCUCAUCUUCAGCACUUUAAUUUUUUUGCCUUACUUCCACGUGCAAUGAGAAUUACUUAGAGAAUUGGGUGAAGCAUGUAGCUUUUGGAUUCGCCUCGGACACUGUUGUCACACUAAAGAACCACAUAACCUUGCCUGGGCAUAUGUUAUCAGAACCUCAGCACAGUGCUACCUUCAGGCCAGUAAAUCCCCAAGUUCAUCCCAACGGGGCAGUUUCUGUGUAUAAAUAGAAGGUAGAAAUGGAAAAGUGAGAAAAGAAAAUGAUUUGAAAGGGAUUCUAUUCAUUGCUAACUAUUUUCUUCACAAGGGUCGAUAAGCGUGACAAGACCAAAUUAUUUGUAUAGUUUUGUCCGAGCGGAAAAAAAAUGUGGAUGUAUCGUUUGUACAUAGUGUAUAUAUUAAAACAGAGAUAUGUGCAUGAAACCAAGAAAAAAAAAGACAUGAACAAAAAGCAAAGCAUUAGUGACUAUGGUCUGUAAAAUGAAAUCAACAACAACAAAAAAAAAAAAACCCUUUAUUUCACUAUAAGAGUACUUUAUUUUAAAUGUUCUUUAGAAGAACAUUUUGCUAAAGCAUGACUAAACUGCAAAAAAAAAAAGAGCUACUGUAUUUAGACUUAGGAAAACAGAGGCAGAGUAACAUUACUUUAAAAAAAGAGAUAUGUUUACAUUUAAUUUUGGCUAUCAGGAGUUUUCCUUUCUUUGAUUUCCACUUUGAUUUCGAUUUUUUAUUUUUGCCAAUGGUGCCAAGUUAUGCGAAUGCUAAUACUGCUUCAGCAAAUUCAGUUCCUUUUGCUAAAGAGAUAAUCAUUCAAAACCGAUUCUUCUAUCUGGCUUACUAACCAUCCACUCACUCCGACAAAGAACUCUUUAGAACCAUCCCAACCCGACCAAAGGAUCAGUACGACAAAUGGGAAAAAGAAAAAAGUCACAUUUCCAUAUCACCUGCUGAUAAAACCCGAAGAGAACCUGAAAAUUGUCCACAAACCCUACACAUUCGAGAGAAGCCGUGGCAGGUGGUGUCCGGGCUUCCCCGUGGUGGGAAGCUGAGGAGGAAGAGGAGAAGGAGGAGGAAGAGGAGCAAUGCUUUGGAAGAAAACAAAUGGAACCGCUCCCACCAAGCGGAGAGAGAAUCCAGUUUGCACCUGCUGAUGCCAGAUUAAAAUUCCCAGGUUAAGAUUCAGGCUCAAUUGGUGCAUGAAGCCGAGGUUUUUCUAGGUUCUGGCUGCAAACAAGGUUUGUUUGCAAAGCCUCCGAAUGAUUUGCCAAUUCAGUUUUUCCAACUGGUGUCUUUUGAAUGAAGGUUGAUCCUAAGAGGAAAAAAAUAAAAAAAAUAAAAAUAAAAAAGAGCGCGAGAGAGAUUGUGGUCAAAAACUGGGGGUCAGUGCUCUUGGUGCCUUUUCUAUAAUUGUACUUGUUUUUAAAUUCCUUUCACUGCCAACCUCGAACGACUGUGCAGUCUCCACCUUUCUGCUGGGGAGAAACUUUGGCAGUAGGGCCCGUUCCGUAGCCCAUGAAGCCAUCUGUACAUCCGUCGACUGACCUGACUCGAUUCUUCUGUUCUUCAACGUGUGGGUUAGGUUGCAGCUGUUUGCGGUUCCCCCACAUGACCUCCCCCUCCCCCAAAUCCUGUCACUUUAACACAAUUGGACCUAGAGGAAGACGCUGAGUCCAUUUGCGAUGAUAAUGACCCGACUUGAAGGUGACAAAAUAAAAGCCAGCCAAGCGCUUUCCGAAGUAGCCGGAGCUGCUGAUGUCCGCGGACCAGGCCCCAAAGGGGCCGUUCUGUCUGUGGACAAGAGUUAUAAUGACCUCAGUGGAUUUGCUUUAACCCUCACAUUGGUUUUUGUUCGUUUGUUUGUUUUUCUGUUUUGGAUCUUCAAUGUGUCACACGCUGCAUUAUUAGCUGAGUAUGUUGUUAGAACAUUCUGGGAGGGAGAGUAACCUGGGGAGGGGGAGGGUCCAGGGGGAGGGUGGAUGAGGUACCAGUGGGAACCUACAGUUCACAUGGUCCAACUGUGAAUCCCAGUUGAGGGACAGUUGUGCUCCCCCCCCCAACCACCACCACACACACACACCCGGAGUGGGAGCACGUGGGAGCGAGCACCUUUUCUGGGUCAUCACUCUUCGUUUUGAUAGAAGCUGAGAUGUGAGGGCAGCUUAUUUCGGAUAAACUGAAUUCCCAAGUGCCAGGAGUAGGAUUUUCAUGAUACUUCCAAGUGACUAGCUAAUCUUCUGUCUCCUGAACAUGUCAUUGCUCUUGUCGCCCAUCUGAAAUCAGCUGUUAACUGUGUGAGCGAAAUUCAAGACAUUAACUCGAACCCCCUCUCUGCACGGUCGCUUCUGGCAGCUCCACACAGUAGUUGGCGCCCAACGGGGGUUCCCUGAGGCUUGCAUGUGAAACUAGUCUAGAUGUCUUCUUCUUCUUUUUUUUUUUUUUUGUAAGUUUUAUUUUUGUAAUUGUGCAUGUGAAGCAUCAUUGGAUCAAUGGAUCUGUCCAAGAACUCAGCUGCUGGAAACCAUGCAAAAUGUUUUGAAUUGCCCUUAAACUAUGGAAAAUGUUUUCUGAAUGCUUUAUAUUCUUUCUGCUGUAAAUUAAAAAUGAAGAAAAAUUUCCCCAUA